AGGAGGCAGAACUGGGAGAACACAGGAAAGACAAAAGAGAAAGAGAGAACAAUAUUUCACCACUAUCAGCAAGCUGGCAGAAUCUGCAUCCUCAGGUUGACCAGAGAAAAAGAGAAUUAAGGUAGAAACACUGAAAGCUUCUCAUCCUCCAGAGUGACACCAGGGCGCUGUAAGAGGAAAACAAUGUGCCCCGGUCCUUUAUAUGGACUAUUAAAAAUGAUGAGCCAGUGUUAGCCAUACUGGAAUGUGACAUCUCCAAAAAAGCAGGAAGGCACAGCCUGGAAUGGUGUUACUAAUUCUGUAGCUGUAUGACUAGACAUGUAGCCAGUGUCCCAGGAAGAUACUUUAUCCCAGCGUUUUGCUGGAGCUUCCUUUCCUCCUCCCAGUGAGACAAGGAGAAGACCCAGACACCUGCUGUUACUAAUGGUCCUUCCUGUGGCACUUCUUAUAGAAUGUCUAAAUUCUGGUGAAGGCAAAUCCUGUCUGAAUUUUGCUUUGGAUAAACUGGAUAAAUCUCUCUGUGAUAGAAGCUGCUGCGGGCAGACGCGGGCCCGUCUCCACCGGCGGAGCUCCGGUUCUGUGGUUCCUCGCCGAGCUUCCCCCUCACAUGCCGGCUCUGAGGAAGGCCUGUCCCGGAUUCUUCCCGGAUUGCCGGAGCCUCUCCUUUGAGGGGGAACAGAGCUCUCAGCCCACACAGCUCAGACGAGCCAUUGUGCACUGCCCAACACAGCUCCUCGCCGUGUCCCUGCUGCCAGGCAUUUUUGAGCUGUCAUUGAAUACCAAGAUUGGUAAGAUCAUGGACACGUACGCCAGGGCUCAGGGCAAUCGCAUGAAAUCAAGAAUAUCUAUUGAAAAGAGUUUUGGUGAAAGUGUCCUGCAAUCUAUGAAGUCACUGCUACACAGCAGGAAAGAGUUAUGCAAUGUAUCGGCAGAGGAAUGCUUAAAUCAGGAAGAGCAAGAUCAUUUUAUUGAGAUUACAUUUAUAGGUUUUGCAGAAGGGAUGGGAACUGCUCACUUGCAGGAAUUAUCAGCUGUUUCUGUAGAGCUUCCAGAUGUUCUGAAAUCUCUCCAGUUGCGCAAAUUAAAAGAAAAUGAGGCUGUGUUUCUAAAAGACAUAAAGAAAAGCUUGGCAAAACCUUAUGUCAUGAAACAUCAGAAUCAGCUUCCUGAAGUCUUUUGUGUGAUGAGGCUGUCUCCUUCAUUCCCAAGGAUCAAAGCUGAUUAUAUAUUCACCUUGCUAAGCAAGUAUACUGCAGGCAUAAGGUAUGCAGUGGAAAUCAACUCUUCACAAAAACAUCAAACAGAGACCACCCAUGGAGAAGAUGAUGACACCAAUCAGUCAGUUUCUUCAAUUGAGGAUGAUUUUGUCACUGCUUUCGAACACUUAGAUGAAGAUGAACCUUCAAAGCUACUAAGUGCUGGUACAUGCAGCUUUUCUUCUCAAAACCAUCGAGAUGCUGCUUCACAGACUGUCCCUGCUCAAUGUUUAGAAGCUGUUGACUCAAAGAUUGUUGUGGGUUCUGCACAUCGAAAAUCAUCUCCCAGAUGUUCUACUUUGAUAGAUAUUUUGGGACUUAAGGAGCGGUCCUCAGUAAAGAAUUCAGUUACAACCUCAAUUUCUGAUCCCUGGAUACAAAGGAGUUUCUAUAAGCCAUAUAAUCCUUCUGAUCAAGGUGUUAAUUUUUUACGUAAAACGUUGUUUUCUUCCUCUCCAGCUGAAUCCUCUGAGUCAGAUUGCUCCAGCCCAAGCCCCAUCAUCUUCUUAGAUGAAGAAGGGUAUCAAAAAAGCUUGAAGGCAAAACUUCAGCUGCCAAAAAUUCCAGUAGUAAAAGAUGGUAUAGAGGAUUCAGACUCAGAAGUGAGUGAAUUUUUUGAUAGUUUUGAUCGGUUUGAUGAGCUGGAACAAGCCUUGGAAAACUCUUGUAAAAUUAUUAGGGAUCCCAUCCUAGGGAAUCCUGCCCAGAAAAGGAGGACUGCGCAUGAAAAAUUGUCUUCUGCAAGCAUUACGAUGAACCCUCAGAAAUUCAAGUUUGAUCGUCCCACUCUGCCAGCCAAUGUAAAGAAACCAACUCCUCGUAAGCCGGAGUCACCGUACAGCAGCAUCUUGGAGGUCCCGGAUUCCCCUCGCCCCGUUAGAACAUCAGGGGAGGAGAAUGGGGGAUUCUUCAGCCCCAUUCGAACAUCGGCCUUCAGCCCCCUGGGGAGCUGCGGUUCCUCCGAAUGCCUGUGUCGAAUUAAUCUUGCUGGAGAGGGGGCAGGUCCAAGUCACCGUGGUGCAGGCUAUGACAGCUACUCAGCAUAUGCUGACAGUGUUUCAUGUGAAAUACUGGGUUCUGUUCUUUUUUCUGAGUCCUCAUCAGAGCAAACGUGUGCAGAGAAUUAUUCAAAACACAAAAGGGUGACUGUAAAAGAGAAGAGGCGGCAAGCUACAGAUCUCAAAAUGAAAACUAGUAAGGAACCAGAGAAGCAAACAAAAUCUAAACAUAAGUCACUAAUGAUAAGAGACAGCAUUCAAAAGUUUGCAACUGAAUUGGUUGAAAAAAGUUUUGGCAGUGCAUUUAAGGACCUCCAAAAAGGUGUUUCUUCAUGCACAAAUGCACUUUGCCAUUUGGCUGCUAGGUUGACUUCUUCAGUCUUUCAAAUGGCUUUUUAUGAGAUUGGAAGACGCAGAGCAAUCUCGCUGAAGGAGCGUGCCAUUAAUGGCAUAGCAAACUUCUUGGUGAGCGAAGCUAUAACUGGUGCUUUGAAAGAGUUGCGUCAGGUAAAGAAACAAAUAUUUAACAACACUGUUGCGCGGUUUGCAGCAGAUCUCGCUGAAGAACUUGUGUUUGAAGGAAUUAUGGAAGUAUGCCAGUUUUCAUAUCCAUCAACACCUACUGCACAGUCCUCAUCAUUUGAUUAUGAAAACAAAGUGGUAAGGUCCUAUGCCCGAGAUUUGUCUGAAUCUGUCAUUCAGGAGGCAUUUAUUGAACUAUCUCAGGUUGAUGUGACCUUCACAACACAAGCAGCCAUUAGUGUUUCCAUGGACAAUAUCAAAUAUGUAAGUGCAGAAAGUAUGUUAGAGUCAACACAGACUUCCACAGUUUCUCCUAAUUUUAAUGAUAGGGUAGCACAAAAGCCAGUCCAAGACUCCAAGAAGGAAUAUACAGUACAGCAGGCUCUAUUUUGUACCUCUGGUGUUGUGAGUUCAAUACCUGUGCCCUUAGCUGGAAGAGCCCUUUCUCAGCAGCAGGUUUCCUCUGAUGCUUACAAAGUGAAAGUGUCCACUGUUCCAAAUGCUGAUGACAGUACAAAAAUAUUCAAAGACUCCACUCAUCCAUUUUUCUCCAGCAGAAUGAGAGAGGAGGAAGUUGCUUCUUUCAGAAAUAUUUAUCUAACUUCAGAUCAUGGUCAAAGUACGGAAAGUACUCCAUCCAUCUUCUGUAACCAGAAUGAUACCAAACUAACAAAUAACAGAUCUGCAAUGAACAAUAAUUCAGAAUUAACAAGUGGGUCAAAAGGCAUUAAUACUUUCUCUGGAACUAUGGUAGAUAUGAUAGUAAAUGAAGCUUAUGAAACCAUAACCUCAUCUAGAGUAACAAAAGCAGUAGAAGAGUAUUCAGAUUUCUUGACAAGAAAAGUAAUAGAUAAAAAACCUAAUGUGCAAGGUAGUGGUGAAGACACCCCCAAGAGCAUGUUUGCAGAUCAUUUGGCCAAAUAUGUCAUAAAACAAUCUGUGGAAGAAAGUAAAACUGUGUUAUGCAACACCAGUGAGAAUUUAGCAUGUAAUGUGAGCUCACAGACUUACAGAGAUACCAGUCGAAAAGAACAAUGUGUGAUAAAGAAGCAAGAGGCUGAGAAACAAAGUAAUGUUUCUAUAAUUGUGGAACAACAACAGUUGCCUUUGAAUAAUCCAUGUAAAUUUCUUACUCCAACUCAUUCUGUUCAGUGUAUUUUAGAAUCUAAAGAUUGUUGGCAAGAACAAAAAGGAAACAAUUUUUCUUCAAAAUCACCACCGCCUUGUUCCACUGUGACUUUUGCUAGGCAUGUUCUAGAGGACUGUACUGACACAGGAAGCUGUUCAAUAACAUGCUUAAACAAGCCUUCCAAAAAAAGUGAUACCCAGAAACUAUCAGCAGGAGCUUUGAAUUACAGGCAGACUGAUUGUUUUCUGCAUGCAAAUAGCUUGCCUUCAGAGAUGUUUGGCAGUGAAGGUGCUUUGCAGAUGGAAGAAAAAUCUAGCCUGAAACAUGGAAAUACCUGUUUACUGCCCGACACACCCCCACCAACUCCUCUAGUACCAUGCCAAAGUAGUUCUGAAAGGAAUCUAAGAAAGCUGUCCAAGAAACUCAAGGGAGAAUUAGCAAAGGAAUUUGCACCUGCAACACCACCUUCUACACCCUACAAUCCACCCACUGCUGAUUCAUCUGAAACUGAACACGACUCUUUGGAAAAUGAGGAAUUUAUGCUGAAACUCAUGCGGUCGCUUUCUGAAGAAGUGGAAAGUAGUGAAGAUGAAGAUCAUUCUGAAGUGCCUGUUGAGAAAGGGGAGCAUUCAGCCAAAACAAUUCAGUAUGCAGAUAGCCUAGCUAGCCACAUAAUUUCCGUAGCGACUGAAAUGGCUGCUUCCCAUUUAGGUGGUAAAACAAAUGAAAGAGAAGCUGGCAGGCAGGCUCAGUUAGGGAUGCAAAAGAAAAGAUGUAGAUAUACUGCAUUUGUAAAUAUCCCAGAAGAGACAUGUAGUUCCUUGUGGAAUUAUGCAGGUGAUAUGGCAGGAAAAGUCAUCAAUGAGGCCAAGAAAGUAGUGAAAUCAAGGCAUUGCAAGCUGUUGAGGUUGAAGCGGGUUAACUGCCAGGUAGAUUGCUUUUAUGUGAGUAAAAGCGAUAAAGAUGGUAAUUCAAAAGAAUGGUGUGGCCCAGUACAGGACCAGUGGCUGGGGGAGAGAGAUUCAUCUGGGCUUCCUUUACCACAAGGUUCAGGCACAACAGGUUUGACUUCCAAGUACCCAAGCUGUGAAAGUGUGACUGACGAGUACGCAGAUCACAUUAUCCGCCUUCUGAAAAGAGAAGGAGGUAACGCCGAGCUCUUGGUGGAUCAGUAUGCCAGCAGACUUGCUUACAGGUCUAUCAAAUCAGGCUUGCAGCAAGCUGCUAGAAAAACCAGAUUCAGAUGCAGCAGAAAGACAUUUCCUGGGCAAAAUGCACAGGUAAAUGGUAAGCUGGAGCUGAUCAAAGCAGGGAAUAAAGAUGCAGUACAGCAAGUGAAAAGCAGCAUUCAUCACUGUGGAGGUCAAGUGUUUGAGAGGAAUGUCUGCACACAGAGAACGGAAUGUACAGAGUUGUUACAUUUUUCUGAAUCCCUUGCUCACAGUAUCACUUGUGAUGUCAGGAAGAAACUGAAAAUGUCGGGAACAUGUUUGCCGAAGUCUCUCACAGAUUCCUGUCUGUAUAAAAAGACUGAAUUUGAUGAAGUCACCGGGGAUCUCAUUAAAACAAGGUUUUCUAGAACUUUUCUUCCUUUCUCCCCAGAUCAUAAACUCUAUCAUAGUACAGGUAAUAUAAAUGAAAACGGCUACAGUGAAGGUAUAAUUCAAGCUAUAGAACAAUAUGCUAGGAAAGUAGCAGAUGAUACUCUAGAAAUGAGUUUAGAGUCAGCUGUUCUCCAUGUGGCUGAAAGCAGAAAAAAUGGGGAUAAGCUCUCACACACUGAGAAACUGUCUCCUUUUCCUGGAACUGUCUGUAGAUGCUGCAGUAUGAAGGAACAUCGGUACUGUACAGAAAGUAUGUCCCAUCAUCUACCUGCACAAGGAUCCUGCAUUCCAGUGAGGCAUUUUCUUCAUUCUGGAUUGGGUGGUGCCUGUCAAAAUUCAAGAGUGUUUCAGCUUGAUAUUCCCAAAAUUCAUGUUGAUGUAGAGCAGAGGAUGGUGUUUUCUGACAAGGGAGCUACUGCAGCCAUAGAGAAAGCAGAAAGAGAGCUGAGUUACACAAGUCUGACAGCUGACAGUGGUAUUGGACAAGAUGGAGUCAGUUUUGCUGAAAGCCUUACUACUGAAAUAAUGACAUCUGCUAUGACUAAUAUUGGUCAGACAGUUACCAUAAGCUCUGUUGGAAGAGAAGGAUUUCACUCUGUUGAAUCUGUUGUUAGCCAGCAGAUGAGUCUUAGUAUUGGUGAUGAUAGCACUGGGAGUUGGUCCAAUCUAAGUUUUGAAGAUGAACAUCCUGAUGAGAGCAGCAGUUUUCUUCACCUAAGUGACAGUUCAGCUGUCUUCUCUUCUUCUCCUGGCAGUAAUGGUAACAGCAGUAGCUGGAGCAGUCUUGGUUUAGAAGGGGAUAUGUAUGAGGAGAAUUUAUCCUUUCCAACAUCAGACAGUGAUGGAACAGAAGAUAAAGAUGAAGAUUCUAAGGAUGCUGUAGAAGGUUUGGAGCAAGUGCGAAAGACUUUAUCAAUAAUGAAUAUUGAUCUGGAACCAAAUCUAGUGGACCCACAGCUCAGAGCAGCCCUCCAGUGGCUGGCAGCUUCUGAAACAGAAGUGUCUGACCUUCACUUCCGCGACACCGCUGCAAGGGAAUUCGUCUUUCUUUCUAGAAGACUGAGAGAAAGAGAUUGGAAAGUUGGAGAUCUCUUGCAAGCAGUGCUGAAAUAUUGUGAAAUUAUAGAGACGGCAUCUGAUGGAGAGCAAGCUCCGAGUAAAUCUCUGGUCAGUUGGCUUCUGGAAAAUGUCUGAAAAAUCCAAAGAUGCGACACUCUUCACUUCAUUCCUCUUCUGAAAGGAGAUAGAAGGAACACAGAUGUGUAAAGUAAAAUUCAGCUAGUGAAUGUUUAAGUAAUAGUCAGCGUUAAAAGACUUUGAGGUGAAAGUCAAAAUAGCUGUGCUGUGCUUUGUGAUACUGUGCACAUGGUAUGUUUAUUCAGUCCAUAAUCGGUGUUGUCCACCCACGCAUAAAUUGUAUUUACUGCUAUGUUCAUACCACUGAGAUAUUUAUGAACAACCCUUGUCUGUGAUCAUAGUCCACAGGAGACAGUCUCAGACAUGAUAUUCAUUAUUCCCUUGUGCCAGGAUAGCUUUCUCCCACUCCUUUGUGUGUUAUAUUCACAGCAGGACUAAGAGCACUGAUUUCAGCAACAAGCUCCUCUGGAAUACCUUGCUGCAGACAGUGGAAGAAAUAUUCAUUUUGGCCAGGUGUUACAUGCCCAAGAGCAGCAUUGCCAGGAAGAAAAUUGUGACCUGCCCAAGCAGCCCCGUAAUACAGUCUGGCUUCAUAGCCACCUUUAUCAGUUUUAAAUUUAUGUGAA